AGCAUUUCUUAUCAGCAAUGCAGUCAAUCAAUACAGCUGUUUUCUAGCUUUCUACAAGAAAUCGUAAUUACACAAAAGUUUCGAAUUCCUCAAACAAAUAAAUUAAAUGGAGGUAAAUCCAAUAGCAGUGUUGCUCGUCUAUAUGGACAGCAAAGGUGACCGUCUAUUAUUUCGUUAUCCAUAUGAAAAUGUGUACAAAGAUAAAACACCUAUGCAUAGCAUGCCCUUGGCGGCAUCUGCGCCGGUACUGAAUAAUCCACCCUUGGUUGAUGUAGCGAUGAGCAGUUCAACGACAUCAUUGGUUUCACAGGUGUCUUCGGAUACCAGCCGGAAACGCAAUCCAUAUGCCAUUAGCAGCAGCGAUGAAUUGUUGCAAACAGCGCCACCACCAAACACUGCACCCACUAAUGUGUUUGGUGUAUGCAAUAAUAGCAUGUGCAACACCGUGCCGAAGGGACAAUUAGAGGGCUUCACCGAUGAAGUACUCUCAACGUUAUUUGCUGUAAAACAACAAUUGUGCAAUCAAAAGCUGGAGUUAAAAGUGAAUGAUGUGCGUUUCGUGUCGCAUCCAACGCUGAUACCACGCAAUGAGCACCGCAACAGCGCUGGCAAUACAAGUAAUGCGUCAAACACAUCCAACUCGUCGCUACCACUUGCGGCAGGUACGGUUACGAGUGCCAACAUCGGCACAACAGCAAUUGCAACGUCUUUGCCACCAGCGAAGUCGCAGCCACAGCAAAUGCUUAUAAAUAUUGUAUUUGCUUUGCAUGCGCAGGCUAGUUAUUCCAUCGUUAAAUGCUAUUACGAAUUAAGCAAGCGGCUCGGUUUAGCGCUGCGUUUCGAAGAACAACGCGCCAGCUACUGCACAGAGGAGACAAUGCUUAUGGCGCGCACACAUGAUGAACUCUCCUCACAACAGCAACCGUUAGAACGCACGUUCGAUGCCAUUACCGAGAAGUGCACUUUAGCGCAAGCGCUCAAAUCCAUCUACCAUGAUCUAUGCACUACCGGCUUGCUGAAUACCACUCUAAAUCAAUAUUUAACGGUAAGUUUUUGUCUGCCACAAAAGGCGCAUCAGUUGCACAAAAAGGGUAGCAUGGUUGAGCCAGAGGUUAUAGAUCGUUGUUUGCGUGCAUUGAAACCCUAUCACGGCAUGUUGCUGGUGGACUACGCCGAAUUGCUGGACUGUGUGCCACCGCGUGCUGCGCGUAUGCUUCUACAAUUAGUGGAGAUCUACACACCGCUCAUGAGUCUGCAAAUGCUUGCCUCUGAGGCGGACAUGAGUAUUGAGCAUGUUUACAAAAUGGUCUCACAUCUCGUUUACUGGGGUAAAGCCACAAUUAUAUAUCCGCUUUGUGAAACGAAUGUGUAUGUGAUUGCGCCCGAUGCGCCACUACACACGAAAUCGCAUUUGGUGGAGAAAUUCUCAGCGCGUUUUGCCGGCAUGUCACUCUUUGAUGCCAUUGCACACUUCUCACUGCCCACAUCCAUUGGUCAUCUCACCACACCGCUGCAGCAGUCAGCGCGUCAGGGUAUGCUCGCACAAAUGGUGGUCUGGAUGUUGCAACAUCACCUGCUAAUGCAAUUACAUACUUAUGUACAAUUUAUGCCCAGCGAUUUGGAUGAUUUCUAUGGCGGUGUGAGUACUAUGAAUGUGGCCGGCAGCGAUUGCUCAGCGUGUAGCGAUGUCGCAAAUGAACACAAAUCAUCGCUAAUGGAUUUACAAGAGGGCACAAAUACACACAGUUCAAUUGGUGUGUGCGCUACGGGUGAUUUAAUGAUAUCGCCGCUGAGUCGCAGCAUGAAUGUGAGCGACGAUGAGCUUAAUGCUGGCUCCUUGCUAUCCUGCGCCAGUCAACCACUGCCAGUGCCACAUACUAGCCAUCGCUCGAUCACCGAAGAUCGCUAUUCGGGCGGCUGCUCAACCGCAUCGGACAAUAUUGUCGCACAACCAUCCUCGAGUCACAAGUCGAAUUAUAGCAUGACUGCCUCCAUAAGCACUGAUAAUUGUGACAGCAUCGCCUCCAUCGAAGAUGAGGAACGCAUUAAAGAAUUGUUGUCCGUGUUUAAUGAUGCCGAUCGUGCGGCUAUCAGACGUAUACCAGCUUCCACGAAUAUCGAUGAUCUCUCACUACUGGUGAAACUUUAUCAGGCGGGUUAUUUCAAGAGCGAACAUCAUCUUGAAGAGAUUAUGUACUUUCAAAGCUUACGUCCGGCGGAACUACUGCAAUUAUUGGAUAAAUUUCGUGAUGUGCUAAUCAUAUAUGAGACUGAGGACCCUGCCAUAGCAUCGAUGUACAAUAAUAAGUGAAGAAAAACACACAGUAGCAAAAUUGUGAAGUGAUUUGUGAAAAAAAGUGUGAAAGUGUAGUGAGAAGGUGCUAGCCAUCCGUUAAACACUGUGUGCUAAAAGUGCCUUAAUUCAGUGCAAAAUUGCAUUCCUAAACGUAAAAAUGCAAAAUUUUUUGAUUCAGUUUGUGCUUCGUACAACUUGACGCACUAGUUAGACUAGUUUUAAGUGCAAGGUUUCGUCAUUUCUUUUCAUUAUGUGCAAAGUGAAAUACUACAAUAAUUUAUUUUUUUUUUGUAUCUUUAUUUUUUCUGCUUAUUAAAACUAGCGGUUUCUUUCAUUGUUUUUUCUUUUAUGUUGUGUAUAAUUGUUACUUUUUUCUACUACAAUACAAGUGUUAAAUUUUAAUAAAUCUUUUUUGUUUUUUUUUUUCACACGUACAAGGUAGGGACGACACAACGUUUA